AUGGCUAAAUCAUUACGUGCUAAGGCUCCAUUAAAAUCCAAAUCUGUUAUUCGUCAUGAAGUGUUUCAAAAGGUGGUUGAUUGUAGAGCCUCAAGAAUUUCUGAUAAAUUAAAACAAGAUUUGAUUGAUCAAAAAUUAAAAGAAUUAAAGAGCAAGAACCCUGACGGUAUGGAGGUGGAAAUCAAUGUUGAUGAUUUAAAGAAAGAAGAAACCAAGGUGGAUUAUUCAAAAAUCAAGACAUCUGGCUGGAGAGCAUCUCAAUAUAAGAAGAACAAAAUGGCAAGAAAGACUAAGAAGAAGGGAUCUUUUACUAGAUUCUAA